AUGGCUAUCAUGUCUGGUAUAGAGGGCGAGAUCGAAGUACGUGUUAAAAAGCAUCCAGGUAAAUAUUAUGACGAAUACGCCAAACUCAAACCUAGUGAAGGGUCUCCCAAUCCGCAUGAUGAAAGAUAUAUUAUGGCAGAGUCUAAAGCUACGUAUUAUGUCGAGGUCACCUUAAAGGAGGGUUUUGAUUUCGGCAAAUACGAUCUUAUUCAAGCCAAGAUGUGUAUGGACGGCAAGGAAGUUUCUUACGCUGAAUUUAAGAUGCCUCUCCAUGGAAUCAAUAAAACAAAAACAGAAAAAGAUCUUGUCCAAGCAAUUCGGUACGCCAAUGUAGAGAUUCAUGGAAGACCGCGAGGCUCAAAGUUUGUGUUUAGGAAUGUGGAGUUGGAGACAGAUAAAGAACAGUCCAAUGAUACUGGAGCUGUAGAUGCACUUCCAAAAGGAAUUCCAGCUUUCCAAGUUGACGUUGUCUUCUUUGAGAGCUUUAUGGUCACAUUAUCUGACGACGAGUACAAAGAAGUGAUAAUAAGCUGGAAGAAGAAUUGCGCAAGACUUUUUUCUGAGCCUCAAAACUCCAAUGCGUCUCCAAACCUUACGUUACCUAGAAAGCCAGACCGCACUAGGAAAGAUUGGCGAUGUGUCCAUUGCAUGGAGGGGUUUAAAUUCUUUCCGCGACCCGCUGAGUUUUUUGAAAAUGAUAACAUCGCCAAAUACCCAGUAUUGCUACACGUUUAUGAUUGGGACGCCCUCAAGAGAGAAGAGAGAAAGAUGGCAGUUGCGCACCUUCAGGAUUUGGAAAAGACUCAUUGGAAGGCCAUCAAGGGAAACGAAGUCGGGCAAAGUUUUGGAUCCAAAGUCAACCGACGUAAAACUCAUCUUGCAAAGAAUCUGCCUAGAGAAUGGCGUGCGUGGCAUAAAAUGUAUGGUACCGAGCAACGCGAAACAUUCGAUAUUCUUCAGGAACGAAGAAAAGCCCGUGAACGAGGCGAAAAAAACUUUCAGUACACAUCUAUGGGUGGCGAUGUCAUGUUAUUUAAUGGAGAAGAUGAAUCUGCUGAGUUAGGAGGGGUACCAGAGAAAGUUUCGCCUAAUCAAAUACCUGCCGGACGAGAAGCACUAGCACCCUCAAACUCACCAUCUGACGGAAAUAGAUUAGGACUAGUAGGUGCUUUAGCAUACUCGUCACCGUAUCCAAUUAAAGACGUGGCGGAAAGCGUAGGAGAUGCAACUUCACUCAAUAUGAGACUACCUCUGGCAAUUGAAUCGCCAGUAGUCAUCCCAGACGAUUCUGCUACAGAGUCUGCUCACUCCAACAUUACUACACCGCACAGAAAUAAGACAGUGAUUCCAGGAGUCGAAGUCAAGCUCGAAAGCAUUCGUGAUAGCUUGAUCAGCCAGAUUGAUAGACUCAAUUCCCAAGCGGCUGCUUCUCAAACUUCCGCUGCAUAUGUCAAGGCCGAACCCAUCGAUGUUAUCUCACUUGAUUCAGACGAUGAAGUUAUGUUUGUAUCCGAGACCAAAGUUUUCAAAACUGUAAGACGUUCUGAGCCCGUACGAGCUACGAAGCCAUUGGUUGUAAAUGUGGAUGAAGAUUUACAGGAAUUGAAAGAAUUGCAAAAGUUGAGGGAGGAGAAAGAAAAUCUUCAGAGAGAUAUUGAGUUGUUGGAAAAGAAACGAAAGAUGGAUGAAAUCACAAAAAAGAUCGAGGAUGCAGAGGCGAAGACUAAUAAAAGAAUCAAGACGGAGUAG